AAUUAUGCCCAUUAGGCGUAAACGUGACCGCUAAAUUCUUAUGAGAGGGUUGCUUUCUAAAGGUUCUCUUUGUUCUUUUUUCUUUUUUUUUUUUUUUUUUUUUUUUGCAACUUAUUUAUAAUGACCAACAAGAAGGAAAAAUUAAUUCGAGGACACCGUAGAGAAUCAGCACUAUUUACACUGCCCGAACUGCAAGACUUGAGAGCGCACCAGAGAACAUUCGAAGGAGCAUACUGGAGAACAGCCUUAGCAGCCUUUUCGUCAGGCUUAUUAAUAUUGAAAGUGUUUACUCGAGAGUUUUAUAAAAUUGGCAUUACCUUCUUUGUAUUUGGGCUGGCCAUGUUGGCCAUUGCGUUAUGGAGAAGACGUACCUCCUUUGAUGUAUUUGACCAAUCUAUUCCAUACAAGACGAGUGGCGACUGGGUUAUCUUGACGACCAUCGUUACAAUGGCUACUUACAUUGUUCUUUUGAUUCUCUUGUGGAAUCUUUGAAAUGCAUAUACCCCUAUGACAAAAAUAAAAGCCUACACUGUCACGUGCUUCUCAUAAUUGAUUGACGUGCGUUUAAAAGAAGGGAGAUGCCAAUUGUAAAGAAUGAGCAUGCUUGCUGAGUUGAUAUGUCC